CCUCUUGAAUAUUUUCCUUUGUGAAAAUUUCAUCCGUUUUUUAAGGUUUUGAAGUUUGUUCUGAGCGAUCUUCUACAACAAUACCCUGAAGCAAUGUAUGUGUUUCGCUUUUGUUGGAGCUCAAAAUCAAAGGCCGAAGAACGUUCAAGUUGCGAUUCAAGCUAAAUGGUCGGGUACUCUAUCGCUCUUUGAAGCCGGAAAAUGGCUGAGGUUUGUGUUUUCAUAUCCAACCACUGCUUUAAAGUUAUUUGCUGUGUUUGGUUCUUUUUUGUCAUUGCAAAAAAUGGAGUAUUCAUACCUGCGAGAUUUGGCUGAUGAAUGCGAAGAUCCUUACAUGCGAUUAGUGUACACUACUUCAUGGUCUAUAUAUGUCUAUUAUGCCUAUCAAUGUACCUGGAAACCAUUCAAUCCCAUACUUGGGGAGACUUAUGAAAUGGUUAAUCAUGGUGGCAUUACUUUUCUAGUUGAACAGGUGGGUCUUUUAGACCUGAGUUUUCGACUUGUAUUUGAGUUGAAUAUAGGUUGAAAAGUUCAACAAAUUUUUUGAUAUUUGAGUUGGUGUGCAUUUGGCAUUGACUUUUUUCUUUCUUUCAAAUUACAUAUGCCAUUAAAUACAAUAACACUGCAAUGGGGAGGGAAGAACUUGUUUAUAUGCAAUGGGGAGGGAAGAACUUGUUUUGAAAAGAGCAGGGGUAAUUCUAGAAGAUCCUCAUACUGAAGAUCUUAGCCAAGAAGUUGAGGUAUCUAAGGACUUGAGGUUUGAAUUGCAAAUAUCAAAGGACAUAUGGGAGUUGGAAAGUUCCAUUUUAGUUCCAAGUCCCAGUAUUUGAUUGAACAAUUGCUUACAUGUGAAACAUGAAGGAAUUCAUGGUGAAGCUUUUGGGAUUUUACACAUGUUGUAAAGCAUGACAGAUCAUUAUAAUAAAUUCUUAUCAU